AAACAGUGUCAAUGAAAUCAAAAUCAUAUGUCAACUCAUGUCAAUCACAAAAUAAAAAAAAACCUCUAAAGAUCUAAGAAGUGAAAAAUUAGAAGAAAAUAUGUUUCGAGUUAUUAAAAAUCUUCCACCUGUGCUUUGCAAACAUCUUCUGCAAAGAUCGGUUCACCAAGAAAAUGCUAUACUUAUGUUUGUUCAAACAAAAAACCUCCAAACAGAUUCCGCUAAUGAAAGGUUUUCUUUGAAACAUGAAGAGGUUGGUCGGCCACUAUAUUUCGACGCACAAGCUACGACACCCAUUGAUCCUAGAGUACUUGAUGCCAUGUUGCCAUAUUUAGUAAGUUAUCAUGGAAAUCCACAUUCUCGAACACAUGCAUAUGGAUGGGAGAGUGAAGCGGGUGUUGAAAAGGCGAGAGAACAAGUAGCUAAUCUCAUUGGUGCUGAUCCUAAAGAAAUUAUAUUUACAUCUGGAGCAACAGAAUCAAAUAAUAUAUCUGUGAAAGGAGUAGCACAUUUCUACGCACCAAGAAAGAAGCAUAUAGUGACAACUCAAAUUGAGCACAAAUGUGUGUUAGAUUCAUGCCGAGCCCUGGAAGGUGAAGGAUUUAAAAUUACAUAUUUGCCAGUUGGGGCAAAUGGUAUUAUAUGUUUACAAGAAUUGGAGAAAGCACUUACACCAGAAACAAGUUUAGUUUCAAUUAUGACUAUCAAUAAUGAAAUUGGAGUGCAACAACCUGUCACUGAAAUUGGCGCCAUAUGCAAGAGCAAGAAGAUAUUUUUCCACACUGAUGCAGCACAGGCUGUUGGAAAAAUUCCUCUGGAUGUAAAUUCUAUGAAUAUAGAUCUUAUGUCUAUUUCUGGUCAUAAAAUAUAUGGGCCAAAGGGCGUAGGUGCCCUGUAUAUCCGACGACGUCCGAGGGUACGGGUGGAGCCUAUUCAAAGUGGUGGAGGUCAGGAGAGAGGAAUGCGAAGUGGAACUGUACCUACACCCUUGGUUGUUGGUUUAGGGGCAGCCUGUGAGUUGGCACAACGUGAAAUGGCUUAUGACCACGCAUGGAUGGAGAAAUUGGCAAAUAGGUUCCUAGAUAAGAUUUACACAAAACUAACACAUGUUAUAAGAAAUGGAGAUCCUAAACAAACAUAUCCUGGAUGUGUCAAUUUAUCGUUUGCCUAUGUUGAAGGGGAAUCAUUACUCAUGGCUUUGAAAGAUGUGGCCUUAUCAAGUGGAUCAGCGUGCACUUCUGCUUCUCUGGAACCAUCUUAUGUAUUAAGAGCUAUUGGUACAGAUGAAGAUCUAGCUCACAGCUCUAUCAGGUUUGGAUUAGGAAGAUUCACAACAAUAGAAGAGGUUGACUACACAGCAGAAAAGACAAUCAGACAUGUAGAACGACUCAGAGAGAUGAGUCCUCUAUGGGAAAUGGUUCAGGAGGGGGUGGACAUCAAAACAAUUCAAUGGUCUCAACACUAGGUUGCGUUAUCUACACAAUUUGCUAAUAAUAUUAUGUAUCAAAGAUGAUUGAUACUAUUCCUCAUAUAUAAUAAAGAUCUGGAAAAUUUAAUUUAAAAUUUAGUAAUUAAAGUGUUGGCAACUUAAAUGUAGAAUAGCUAAUAAAUAUCUAUGGAAUGUAUUCUAUAAAAGUUGUUGAAAAAUUUUUUUUUUAUUGUAUAGAAGUUAUUCUUACCACAAUAUUAUCUCAAUAUUUAUACUCUAUCACUCUAAGUAACUCACGCCUAAGUACCCUCAAAUGAAGGACUAUCAGACAUUUGGUUUCUUAUCUCACUACUGGCCCGCGCAUAGCGACGGUAGCGUAUCAGAGCCGUAUUAUUAUUUGUCUGGUCUAAUACUCAUAAUUUCAGUGAGAUUGUGGUUUCACCACAGGUGGUAAACAGUGUCGAAGCAGACAUUAUCUUGCAAGUCCGUGAUACAAUAAAUUUACCAGAUUUUAUUCCUGCGUCAACCUGUGUAGUUUUUAACUUUUGCUUUACCGUAGAAGCUGUGUUUUUUGAGGGAAACAUGCGUUUAGUGAACAAUCUGUGUGGUGUUCAACUAAUCAAUCCAUUAACAGCCUGUGUUCGUCUACUGUUUAACGUUAAAUCAAUUCUGAGAGCGCGAUCAUUUCGGUUCCGCACUUUAGCUGUAAUAGUUUAAUCAAAUUUGUUGGUUUAAAUGGCAUUUCCAGCUUGAUGUUUAUUGGAUAACGAGAUAAUAUUUUCCAUGAAGCAAAUUUAAAAAUACCAGAUUGCUAUUUUAGCAUUUUGGAAUUUUCUGGACUGUGUUUUGGCGCCAUUUACUUAGAGAACAGGUAGGAGGUGGUUUUCUAGAAUGGUUAUUUAAAUAAACAGAAAAAAAAACUAAAUAAUCGCCUACCUACUUAAUCACAUGGAGAAUACGGUUUAUUUGUUUUGUUUUCCUUGCCCGACAUAUUACCAGGAGAAAGCGUUUCUAUCGUACUUUGCCGUGGGUGAUGCAGCACUUAGACUGGAUGAUACUAUGUGGGUGUUAACAUAGAACUAUCAACAGCGGCAAUAUUCGCAAGAUGCACUUGCGUUGUAUAGAGGGUUUCAAAACACUUGAUCAACUAUAUCAAUUAUGAGACACACAGUACAGUAAAUAAUUCUACUGUUCUUAUUAUUUUAUGUUAUACGUGUAAAGAAAAUAAAAAUUAUUUUUGUGUAAAUAGUCACAUUAUUUAGUGAGAUGAUUGUUUAUAUAUAUAAUCUGUAGUUUUGUAAUAGAUUUGCUAAUAGUGACCAUAACGUUUUUAUAAUUUCUUAGUAUUGUUGUCUUAAAAUUAAAAAUUUACAUUAUUAUACAAGUAGACAUUCUAGAAAUGUGUUCCAGUAAGAUAUUUAUUUUUUAAACCAAAACUAAAAUUAUAUUUUUUUACGUUAUAACCCAAGUUACUUGUAAUAACGCGUUAUUCGUAAAUACGCAAGGCUAUUCCAUAAUAUUUAAGCACACAGACCAUAUUAAAUACGUUAUGUUGUAA